GAAACACUUUUCAAAAGGAAAUAGUUUCUGACAAACUCUACACACUGAGCAUGUUUUGUAAAAUUUUGACUGCGCUGGUUCUCAUCACUGCGUCACUGGAGUGGCGAGUUUGUCACAGUCAUCGCCACUGCACCAUCCAUAACGACUCACUGCGCCGUGAAGUCCUCUACAACUGCUCGAAUAGUAAGCUGUACGGCGUACCAAUGGAUAUUCCAGCCAAUGUCACGGAUAUAGAUUUAUCCUACAAUCGCAUCACCAGGAUAAGGUCGGGUAAUUUCGCUCAUCUUCGUAAUCUAAGUCGCCUAAACCUGUCGGACAAUCGCAUAGGAUCGCUGGAGUUGGGUGCAUUUGUAGAUGUCCCUAAUUUACGCGUGCUGAAUCUACGAUCUAACUACUUACGCAUGGAUUACGAGUCAUUUCCCCGAGGGGUUUUUAAAAAUCUUCCCCAAUUACAAUGGUUAGACCUAAAAAACAACACCAACCGUUACCCAAAAGAAAACUACGACUUUUCUGGAGAUAACGGACGCUGUACCCUAAAGAAGUUAAGCAAAAAUGUUUUUUACAAUUUACGUUAUUCACAAUUGGAGCAUCUUGAUCUAGCGUUUUGUGAACUGUAUAAGAUCGAUAACUUUACUUUCAGCUUUCUACCAAUGAUCAAGACUCUUGAUCUUUCAGGUAACAAAUAUCUUGGAUUAAAAAGACUUGGAGGUGUCUUUUAUGGAUUACAAAAUUCAUCUUUAGAGCGGCUAAUAUUGAAUGCAACAACGUCUCCAGAAGAUAGAACUUACAUGUUGUACAGUAGUCGUGUUUUUCAUUGUCUCCAGAACAUUACUACAUUAAAACAUUUAACUCUCGACACUAAUUUCAUAUCAGAUCUUGAACCAAACACGCACGUGUACGUGGAACAUUUAGAAACUCUCUCGCUUGCCGACAACACAUUCCUUAACGCACUCAGGCCAGGACGCAAGGAAUACGAAAAAGUUCACGAAGAUGAUAGGCAUCAAUAUGACGCCUUUGUGGCCUUCAGCAAGGAAGACUACAAGUGGGUGUAUAGACAACUGCGACCCACGCUAGAAGAUGCAGAAGCUGAGAAAGACCGUCUCCGUUUAUGUCUUCAUCAUCGGGACUUCCUACCUGGUGAAGACAUCGAGGAAAACAUUAUCCAAUCCAUCUCACAAAAUUAG